CAAGUGGAACCAGUUUUGGUUCCGCACUGUGAAACGGCAAGAUGUUCGGAUUGCUGCGACACCUGUUCAAAUUUCAAUUUCUUUUCGUUGUGGCGGCCGUUCUGGGCGGAAUUUACCACACAGAGAUUAGGCAGUUCCUGCGUCGCCAAACGGACAACUACCUGGACCAAGCUGAACAGGAUGCGAGCUUUCCUCUGGAAUUUCAAGCUGCCGACAAUGUCGGCACGCUCUUCACACCGGCCGAGCUGGCCAAAUUCAAUGGCGAGGAAGAGGGUCGUCCGCUUUACCUGGCUCUCCUCGGCUCCGUCUUCGAUGUGAGCCGCGGGAUCAAGCACUACGGAUCCGGUUGCAGCUACAACUUCUUCGUGGGUCGCGACGCCUCCGUGUCCUUUAUUUCCGGUGACUUUGAGACAUACGAUCCGAAAACGGCCGACGAUGUGUUGACCCUAAAGCCGGACGACCUGAUUGGUUUGGCCGGAUGGCGGGAUUUCUACCAAAAGGACUACGUCUACAAGGGACGGGUAAUUGGGCGCUUCUACGAUGAGAAGGGCGCCCUGACCACCUAUCAUCAUAAGUUCCUGCAACUGCUGGAGCAGGCGCGAGAUGCCAAGCGACAGGUGGAGGAACUGCGCGCCCGGUAUCCCGGCUGCAAUAUCGAAUGGAGCGAGGAGCGCGGCACUCGCGUCUGGUGCACCACGACCAGCGGCGAUGGCAAGGAGCGCUCCUGGAUCGGUUAUCCCCGCAAGCUGUACAGUCGCGGCAACAAGAGCUUCCAGUGCGCCUGUGUGCCCGAUGCGGAGCUGGACGAGAUCGAUGCCGGCGGCAAGGUGGCUCGAGGUGAUGCCAUGCUGAAACCCUACGACAAAUGCGAGCCACAGGCCAGGGAGUGCUUCUACAAGGUGUAGCAGCAAGGUCUGGAUUUGUAAAUAGUAAAUAGUGCAUUUGGAUCAAUAAAUUAUUAGGUGGAGUUAACAUGGCUCGUGAAACUA